AUGGCAACUACACUCAUCGCUGACCUUCUGACCUCCUGGAGCAACCCAAACGAGGCAGUCGACGUCGAAGUAUCUGCCGCACCGCAGACCUAUCAAUGGACCAAAGGACAAGUCAGGGCCCAUUUCCGAUCCAAUAAUCAACCCCUCAUAUGCUGUCCUUUUCUCCCGGCCCCUGUCAUUCCAACCACUGUCAUGAACAUCAACUAUUCACAUAAUAACUUACCUACUCUCCAAUACUAUAUGGAACAAGAUCCAUUCUGGCUUGCCCAUCGGAUUCUCUUCCAAUCCCAGUUUGUGUCAGCCGCUCGCUUCACCACUAACGAGUGUUACUUUCUCGCGGAGGAGGGCGAGCCAACGGUUCAGCUAAACGGAAGGCCGUUGUCUGAGGCGGAACGCUGGCAGCUUCGUUAUGAACCUGAAAAGAUGGAUAUGAAGGACUUCCAGCCCACGGAACUAAAGAUGAAGAAGGGGGUUGUGAUGAGGAUUCCGCCAUACACGGUGUACUGUUUCUUGGUGGCGGACGAUUCGCUGAUCACGACGGGAGGUAUCGUUCCGAGGGGUUUCCAGGUUGACAACGGGAUGAUGGGAUGA